GUGGGAAUGAGCUAGAAAGGAAGUCCAAGACUGCCCUGGCCUGAACCCUGAGACCAAGAGGCUUAGGAGCAGUGUUCACUCACUGAUCCAAGGCUAGUCAGCGGCCCCCAGUCGCACUGUGCAGGAGUAGGAGCCAGCCCAGCGCUGCGCUUCCAGCUGCGUCUGCCCGGGCGCAGCACGUGCUCCAGGCGCUGGCGCGAGAGAGCGAGCGAGCGCCACCACCGCGGGCCCGCAGCGGUUCUGCUGGCUGCCACUACUGCCUCGAUCUCAGCCACUAGCGCUUCUGCAGCAGCCAAGGCCGCUACGAAAGCGCAGGGAGCUUGUAAGGAGCGGCUGUCCAGGGGAACAAGGCUCAGGGAGCGCACCUGCUGUAACAGUCUCUCUGUUAUUGGACUAAUGCAUGCUGCUUCUAUGAAAGCUCUAUGGGAAAGGGUGACUUAACUCAACUUCUUGGUUUAGAAAAAAGGAACCUCUGUAUGCUGUUGCCUCCCACAGUUUUUCUACAAUUCAGACAUCUCUUGAGAAACUCAGCCUAGUUUAUCCAGCUGUUUUGUCCACAUAUGUUCAUAAAAUCUAGUUAUGAAUAUUCUGAUCGUAUGGAUGCACCUAACUCGACAGUUUCUGGGGACUUUGCUAUCUUUUAGAGAAUAUAUCUAAAUUGCUGACUAAUUCCUCAAUGCGCCACUCAACGCAGGGCAUCAUUUGGCUGUACCUAUUGGAGCUCUGAGUUUCCUCCAUCAUGAUAUCUUUAUUAGCUUGAAUUCCUUUCCUAAAAUGGUCCUUCUGUUGAUCCUGUCAGUCCUACUUCUGAAAGAAGAUGUACGAGGGAGUGCACAGUCCAGUGAGAGGAGGGUGGUGGCUCACAUGCCAGGUGACAUCAUUAUUGGCGCUCUCUUCUCUGUCCACCACCAACCAACUGUGGACAAAGUUCAUGAGAGGAAGUGUGGUGCAGUUCGUGAGCAAUAUGGGAUUCAGAGAGUGGAGGCCAUGCUGCAUACCUUGGAAAGGAUCAACUCAGAUCCCACACUCUUGCCCAACAUCACACUUGGCUGUGAGAUCAGAGAUUCCUGCUGGCAUUCCGCUGUGGCCCUAGAACAAAGCAUUGAGUUUAUAAGGGAUUCCCUCAUCUCUUCAGAAGAGGAGGAAGGUUUGGUACGCUGUGUAGAUGGAUCUUCUUCCUUCCGCUCCAAGAAACCCAUAGUGGGAGUCAUUGGGCCUGGCUCUAGUUCUGUGGCCAUUCAAGUCCAGAACUUACUCCAGCUUUUCAACAUACCACAGAUUGCUUACUCUGCAACCAGCAUGGAUUUGAGUGACAAGACUCUAUUCAAGUACUUCAUGAGGGUUGUACCUUCCGAUGCCCAGCAAGCUCGAGCCAUGGUAGACAUAGUGAAGAGAUACAACUGGACUUAUGUCUCAGCUGUGCACACAGAAGGCAACUAUGGAGAAAGUGGGAUGGAGGCUUUCAAAGAUAUGUCAGCGAAGGAAGGGAUUUGCAUCGCCCACUCUUACAAAAUUUACAGCAAUGCUGGGGAACAGAGCUUUGACAAGCUGUUGAAAAAACUCAGAAGUCAUUUACCUAAAGCCCGGGUGGUAGCUUGCUUCUGUGAAGGCAUGACAGUUCGAGGUCUGCUCAUGGCCAUGAGACGCUUGGGUCUAGCAGGGGAGUUUCUACUUCUGGGCAGUGAUGGCUGGGCCGACAGGUAUGACGUGACAGAUGGAUAUCAGCGAGAAGCUGUCGGUGGAAUUACAAUCAAGCUUCAGUCUCCUGAUGUCAAGUGGUUUGAUGAUUAUUAUCUGAAACUCCGGCCAGAAACAAACCUCAGAAACCCUUGGUUUCAAGAAUUUUGGCAGCAUCGUUUUCAGUGCCGGCUGGAAGGGUUUGCACAGGAGAACAGCAAGUACAACAAGACUUGCAACAGUUCUCUGACUCUGAGAACACAUCAUGUUCAAGAUUCCAAAAUGGGAUUUGUGAUAAAUGCAAUCUAUUCUAUGGCUUAUGGACUCCACAAUAUGCAGAUGUCCCUGUGUCCAGGCUAUGCAGGCCUCUGUGAUGCGAUGAAGCCAAUUGAUGGACGGAAACUUUUGGAUUCCCUGAUGAAAACCAAUUUUACUGGAGUUUCUGGAGAUAUGAUCCUGUUUGAUGAAAAUGGAGACUCUCCAGGAAGGUAUGAAAUAAUGAAUUUCAAGGAAAUGGGAAAAGAUUAUUUUGAUUACAUCAAUGUUGGAAGUUGGGACAAUGGGGAAUUAAAAAUGGAUGAUGACGAAGUGUGGUCCAAGAAAAAUAACAUCAUCAGAUCUGUGUGCAGUGAACCAUGUGAGAAAGGCCAAAUAAAGGUGAUCCGGAAGGGAGAAGUCAGCUGUUGUUGGACCUGCACACCUUGUAAAGAGAAUGAGUAUGUGUUUGAUGAGUACACCUGCAAGGCAUGCCAACUGGGCUCCUGGCCCACUGACGACCUGACAGGCUGUGACUUGAUCCCAGUCCAGUAUCUUCGCUGGGGUGACCCUGAGCCGAUUGCAGCUGUGGUGUUUGCCUGCCUCGGUCUGCUAGCCACCUUAUUCGUUACUGUAAUCUUCAUCAUUUAUCGGGACACUCCGGUGGUCAAGUCCUCCAGCAGGGAGCUCUGCUACAUUAUCCUUGCUGGCAUCUGCCUGGGAUACUUAUGUACCUUUUGCCUCAUUGCAAAGCCCAAGCAGAUUUACUGCUAUCUUCAGAGAAUUGGCAUUGGACUCUCUCCAGCCAUGAGCUACUCAGCCCUUGUAACCAAGACCAACCGUAUUGCAAGGAUUCUAGCUGGAAGCAAGAAGAAAAUCUGUACCAAGAAGCCCAGAUUCAUGAGCGCCUGUGCUCAGUUAGUGAUCGCUUUCAUUCUCAUCUGUAUUCAGCUGGGCAUUAUCGUGGCCCUCUUUAUCAUGGAGCCUCCGGAUAUAAUGCAUGACUAUCCAAGCAUCCGAGAAGUCUACUUGAUUUGUAACACCACCAACCUAGGGGUUGUUACUCCUCUUGGAUACAAUGGAUUAUUGAUUUUGAGUUGCACGUUCUAUGCGUUUAAGACCAGAAAUGUUCCAGCCAACUUUAAUGAGGCCAAAUAUAUUGCUUUCACCAUGUACACAACCUGCAUCAUAUGGCUGGCCUUCGUGCCUAUCUACUUUGGCAGCAACUACAAAAUCAUCACCAUGUGUUUUUCAGUCAGCCUCAGUGCCACAGUGGCCCUGGGUUGCAUGUUUGUCCCGAAGGUGUACAUCAUCCUAGCCAAACCGGAGAGAAAUGUGCGCAGCGCCUUCACAACCUCUACAGUGGUACGCAUGCAUGUAGGAGACGGCAAAUCAUCGUCCGCUGCCAGCAGAUCCAGCAGCCUAGUCAACCUGUGGAAGAGGAGGGGCUCCUCUGGGGAAACCCUAAGGUACAAAGACAGGAGACUGGCCCAGCACAAGUCGGAAAUAGAGUGUUUCACCCCCAAAGGGAGUAUGGGGAAUGGUGGGAGAGCAACAAUGAGCAGCUCCAACGGAAAAUCUGUGACUUGGGCCCAGAAUGAGAAGAGUACCCGGGGGCAACAUUUGUGGCAGCGACUGUCUGUCCACAUCAACAAGAAGGAGAACCCCAACCAAACGGCGGUCAUCAAACCCUUUCCCAAGAGCACAGAGAACCGGGGGCCUGGUGCAGCGGCAGGUGGUGGCUCGGGUCCCGGUGUAGCUGGUGCUGGUAACGCAGGAUGCACAGCAACAGGUGGCCCGGAGCCACCGGACGCCGGUCCCAAAGCGCUUUAUGAUGUGGCGGAGGCAGAGGAGAGCUUCCCCGCGGCUGCCAGGCCGCGCUCGCCAUCGCCCAUCAGCACGUUGAGCCACCUCGCAGGCUCGGCGGGCCGCACAGAUGAUGAUGCGCCGUCGCUGCACUCUGAGACAGCUGCUCGCAGCAGCUCGUCCCAGGGCUCGCUCAUGGAGCAGAUCAGCAGCGUAGUGACGCGCUUCACAGCCAACAUCUCCGAGCUCAACUCCAUGAUGUUGUCCACCGCGGCCACGCCGGGGCCCCCUGGUACUCCAAUCUGCUCCUCCUACCUGAUCCCCAAAGAGAUUCAGCUGCCCACGACCAUGACGACCUUCGCAGAGAUCCAGCCGCUGCCGGCCAUCGAGGUGACCGGAGGAGCUCAGGGGGCGACAGGGGUAUCACCUGCCCAGGAGACGCCCACAGGAGCUGAAUCCGCCCCGGGCAAACCAGAUCUGGAGGAGCUUGUGGCCCUCACUCCACCAUCGCCCUUCAGGGACUCGGUGGACUCGGGGAGCACCACCCCAAACUCUCCAGUCUCAGAAUCGGCCCUCUGCAUCCCAUCCUCUCCCAAAUAUGACACUCUCAUCAUCAGAGAUUACACGCAGAGUUCUUCAUCGUUGUGAGCCACUGGAAACUUCCCUGAGAUAGGCCUGAGCAGCAGACCUCGGUGUUCACAGAUGGGCGCAGCGACACCCAUAGUCACCCCAACAGAGAACCCGAGGUGAAAAAUGCCAAGGACACACACGGUGGAGACAUGAGAUCAACAGUGCUAUUUCAUGACGGCCGAUGACGACACCAACUACACAUCUUCUGGCAGAUUAUCUUCUAGUGGCCUUAGAAAACAUGGGCUUUUAAGAAACACUGCUUCUAUAUUUGGAGUGCUGACCAGGAGUGGGUUAAACAGUUUCAGUACCAAGUGCUUUGCUCUGAGGCAGCAACAGUAUGAAGCAACAUCCUGAACAGUGAAAAGUAGAGUUAAUAAGCAACUGUGCAUAGUCUCGUUUGUUUACUUCAUUUUCCCAGAAGAGUCUUUGAGUCACCAAACAUUGAAUGUACAUUUUCUAACUAACUCGAAAAAUCUGGGACCAAAAGUCAACCUGUUUUUUCUCCUUUUUUUUUCCUUCCUUCCCUGGUCCCUCCAUGUAGUAGACCUUGAGAAGCUAAUAGUCACUAGUGCCCAGUACUUUCUCAGCUUGUGAGUCUACUGAGUAACACAAACGGGUAGUGAGUGUUGUGUUAAUGUACAGAGAAUUUCUAGCAGAGACUUUCCAAACAGGCUGGGAGAUACACUUCUGAAAGCCUGCAUCCUGGAUACCAUUAACCAAGAAAACCAGUGCAAGAUUUCUGGACUAUUUCACCAUGUUGCCAAUCAAUACUGGAGUAGCAAAAAAAAAAUAUUUUCUGGAACACUGUUUUUUAAUUCCCUCACUGGGGUGCAUUGUGUAGCUGGAAAUUCUCUUUGUAAUAAUAAUUUGUGAGCUAUAGCCUGGCUCUCUUUCACGAUACACAGGCACUCCUCCUUAUAAAUACCCUUCCGUUAGUGUUGCCAGUUAAAAUAGUAAGAUACUCAAUGAGCUUCCUUGUUUCUUUAUUUGAGAACCUGAUACACAAAGAGAUCCUCUGUUGUUGGUGGCUGUUUUGCCCCCCAGUCCCACCUCUGGAAGAGUAGUCCAUAAACCUGAUGAAGAUGUUACAAUUGGAGGGGCUGAUGUGGAAAAUAAUAAGAGUAACAGAAUCUCAAUACAGGAAAGUCAAGCAUAGCAAGUGUUUUGCUAUGCCCAUAAGUAGCGAUUUUAUCUUUUCUUGGCUGCUUACAUGGGGCAGCUAUGUACUAUGACAAAUGUAGAUUUUUUUCAAAGCAAUACAGAAUACUAAAACAGAGGAACCUUAAUAUCAACCACAGUCUUUCUCAGCCAUUCCAAAAAAAGGCAAAGCAAUUACUAAUCCUUUACUUUUUAAAUAGUUGUUAGCGUGAUUUUGUGCACUUCAUACUGUCACUUUUUAAAUACCGCAGAAAAGAGUUUUAAAGUUACAAUAAAAACAUACAGGAUUUGGUGGGCUCAUAUAGGUAGAAACUGUAACUCAAGACCUGAAUCUAUGGUCAUCUUUUUAUUAGUCACAUUGCAGCUAUCCUCAGGUACCAAAUGUUUUUGAUUUUUAAAUAUAGUAAUAAAAGGAGGAGGUAUUCUAUAAAUUUAAAGUUCAGUUGACCCAGCCUUAUACUAAAGAUAGCCUUAUGAGAAAGAUUUGCCAUGAGAAAGAAGUAUAUUUUUGGCAGAGAGAAAUUUAAAUAGAACUUUAAAAUUCUUAUUUCAAUAUCCUUCAUAUAUCCUUCAUAUCAUUCUCUCUCUCUCUCUCUCUCUCUCUCUCUCUCUCUCAUAGGUUGUUUUGGGUUUGAUUCUUAUUGUUGUUAUUGGAGGCUUUUUUGUUUGUUUGUUUGUGCUUUGUUUGUUUACCAUGUGAUUUAAAAGAAAUUGAAACAGUAAGUUUAUUCACUGGCAUAAUCUGUCAUCCUCCAGUUUUAAAUACUUAAAGUUGUAAUAACUAUUGACAUUGCUCUUCUGAUACCUGUUUUUAUUUCAAAUUUAAAGUCAAAUCUCCCACAUUAACACAUUAAAAACUAACAAUAACUCACAAACAAAUUUUCUUAAAGUGAAUCGUUUCUUAAAUCAGAUAUGAAAAUAACAUGGAGAGCAAUAUGAUCCCAAAUAGCAAUGAGAUUCUUGAAACAGAAAAGCAAUCUAGCUAACUUGCAUAGCUUCAUUAAAAGAAAAUACAUGCCUUUACCUGAAAACACCAGUAAAUAUUCUGAAACGUCAGUGUCCCUUGGUAUCCACCAAAAAAGUGGCUUUCACCUGGGGUUAGUGUCUGAUUUCUUAGAUGUUAAUAUCUUUUGGGACAUGCUUUCUAAAUUGUAAAUUUUUUUGACGUUGGUUUUCUGUUUGUGUGUGUGUGUGUGUGUGUGUGCUUUCCUUUGAUAGUUUCCAUGAACAAAUCUCUUUUCUAUUGUUUCCAUAACACUUUUUGUUAAAAAAAAAAAAAGACCUUUCCAGCUUAUGAGGAAUUGCACUAGAAAUUCGAGAUUAAUGCAAUUCCCAUCUAUAAUUCCCUUGUGAUAUCAUAGUCAACUGUAAUAAAAGUUUAUUCAAUUAGAGGAAAAUAAAAUUAUAUUUUGCUGUAUGUUACCAUAACGUUUACCAUCUCAUUGAAUACAUUGUAUAUUGCACAUGCCGGUAAUACAUCUUUGAAAUCUUUUAUUUUGGAAUGAUGCUAACUCUCUCUUUGCCAGUUCUAACACCGGGUUCCAAGUAAUAACUGUCAUAUAAAGAGAACUGAAUAUUCAUUUUAGGGCGAGGACACGAACUUCCCAAUGUAUUUGGGUACCUGUUCUUACUGAGUUUCCUUGCUACCCAUCUGUUCCUGGUACCCAGUGAUAAACAGUUGGAAUAUGCACAACUUAAAGGGAGAAUGAAAAUGUUAAUGACCAGUAAAGGAGAACUUGGUCCUGGGAAGGAAAGACCUGCUUUAAUUAAGCUUAUCAACUAAAAGGUCCAUUCCCCUUCCUGUGGGAGAGUAGAGUCAGUCUGAGAGGCUAUGUUUGUCUGGACCUAGACAUAGGGAAUAGGAAGGGAAUCUGGAGAGGAAACUCAUAAGAAAUAAACAGACACAAAGGAGAAAGACAAAGCAAGUCUCCAAACGUGCCAAUCUUUGAACGUGAUAGUAUUUUCCAAAUGACUGAUACACCAGCAAGUGUUCAGAGAGACUCGGAGCUGUUUAUGACUGAAAUGCAUUGUGUAAUGGCUCUGCUGCAAUCUGUGACUUCCAAACCAGGAAUUAAACACACUUUUUAAGAAAAAAAGAAAAAAAAUGAAAAAAAAAAUCCCUGUGCUAGUCUCCCAGCAAAAUGUACAUGGUCUGGAGACUUCAAAGUUAUUAUAUGAGUUCACAUUUAGAAACAGCUUAUUAAUAACCCUCAAGCUGUCAGAAUCUCCAUAGCUACCAUUUACAAUUUUAUACUGUGAAAAAAAAUACAGAUCAGUGAAAGCGUAAAGAUAAUUCAGAAUUUCCUUUGAAGAGGGUCUGAGGCCUGGGAGAAUCCCUGAUGUCUAUUGAAGAAUGGGGCAUGUAUAAAACAGUGGGCUGAAUUUCACUGAUCUUCCCAAUGUGAACAAAUAUACUAUGUAUAUUGUGUGUCCUUCUAGAAUUCAAUGGCAGCUGCUGGUGAUGUUGUAAUUAGAAAUCUAUAUAGAAUAUAGAUGUUUAGAGAGAUGGUGCCAAUACUAAAAUACUUGUGUGGGCUACAAGUGCUUGUACUUAAUUUUUUUUCUGCACUCAGAACUGAUUUGGUUUUAAAACUGUGUGCACAAUCUGUUCUUUUUUGUUGUUGCAGCUUGUACUAUUAAAAUAAUAGAGAAUGUUAAAUUAUUUUGAUGUGAAUUGCAAAUGAUUUUUCAUAAAUUUUAACAUUUUUAUCAGCAUUGUUUCGCUUUGUACAUGUAUAAAUGUGUUUUAUUUUAGCAUUUUAAAAUAUAUUGCCUGCUUCUCAGUUGUCUAAAUCACGUUAUAGUUGAUGUUUGUGAAGCCAGUUACUUUUUGAAAGACAUUAAAAAGCAAACUAUGAUAUGACUUCAAGCUUAUUCCCCCUCAAAUGCUUAAAAUGUUGUCCUAGUGGUAUUUCCUGAGAAUGUAAAAGCCAGGUUAUAACUUAUAUUGUGAAUCAUAUACACAUUUGAAUUAUGAUCACGGAAUAAUAAAUUAAAAUAAAUCAACCACAACCUAAGCAGA